CGGGGAGCCCGAUCGCGCCAUGGAGGCGGCGGGCGGCCGCGGCGGCUUUCAGCCUCACCCGGGGCUGCAGAAGACGCUGGAGCAGUUCCACCUGAGCUCCAUGAGCUCCCUGGGCGGCCCGGCCGCCUUCUCUGCGCGCUGGGCGCAAGAGGCCUACAAGAAGGAGAGCGCUAAAGAUGCGGGCGCCGCUUCAGUGCCGGCCCCGUUGCCCGCGGCCACGGAGCCGCCGCCCGUGCUGCACCUGCCCGCCAUCCAGCCGCCACCGCCGGUGCUGCCCGGGCCCUUCUUCAUGCCGUCCGACCGCUCCACCGAGCGCUGCGAGACCGUGCUGGAGGGCGAGACCAUCUCCUGCUUCGUGGUGGGCGGUGAGAAGCGCCUGUGCCUGCCACAGAUCCUCAACUCCGUGCUGCGCGACUUCUCGCUGCAGCAGAUCAACUCGGUGUGCGACGAGCUGCACAUCUACUGUUCGCGCUGCACGGCUGACCAGCUGGAGAUCCUCAAAGUCAUGGGCAUCCUGCCCUUCUCUGCGCCCUCGUGCGGGCUGAUCACCAAGACGGACGCCGAGCGCCUGUGCAACGCGCUGCUCUACGGAGGCGCCUACCCGCCGCCUUGCAAGAAGGAGCUGGCCGCCAGCCUGGCGCUCGGCCUGGAGCUCAGCGAGCGCAGUGUCCGCGUGUACCACGAGUGCUUUGGCAAGUGCAAGGGGCUGCUGGUGCCCGAGCUGUACAGCAGCCCCAGCGCAGCCUGUAUCCAGUGCCUCGAUUGCCGCCUCAUGUACCCGCCGCACAAGUUCGUAGUGCACUCUCACAAGGCCUUGGAGAACCGGACCUGCCACUGGGGCUUUGACUCGGCCAACUGGCGAGCCUACAUCCUGCUGAGCCAGGACUACACGGGCAAGGAGGAGCAGGCCCGCCUCGGCCGCUGCCUUGACGACGUGAAAGAGAAGUUUGAUUACGGCAACAAGUACAAGCGGCGGGUGCCCCGGGUCUCCUCUGAACCCCCGGCCUCCUUAAGACCCAAAACAGACGAUGCCUCCUCCCAGUCCCCCGCGUCUUCUGAGAAGGACAAGCAGUCCAGCUGGCUGCGGACCUUGGCCAGCUCCUCCAACAAGAGCCUGGGCUGCAUUCACCCUCGCCAGCGCCUCUCUGCUUUCCGACCCUGGUCCCCUGCAGUGUCAUCCAGCGAGAAAGAGAUCUCCCCACACCUCCCAGCCCUGAUCCGAGACAGCUUCUACUCCUACAAGAGCUUCGAGACGGCAGGGGCCCCCAACGUGGCCCUUGCCCCGCCAGCCCAGCAGAAGGCCACGAGCAGCCCGCCAUGCACCACCAUGGUCCCCCGGGGCCCCGAGCCUCUGCCCACUUGUAUCCAGCCCCGGAAGCGGAAGCUGAUUGCAGACACCCCUGGAGCCCUGGAGACGCUGCUGCCGGUUACUGCCGUGGAGGAGGACAAGGACUCGGAGGCUGAGGUCGAAGUGGAGAGCAGAGAGGAACUCGCUUCCUCCUUGUCCUCGCUGUCCUCGCCGUCCUUCACCUCGUCCAGCUCCGCCAAGGAUCUCAGCUCCCCAGGUGUGCAUGCCCCUCCCGUGGCUGCCCCGGAUGCUGCAGCCCACACUGACGCCCCCAGUGGGCUGGAGGCAGAGCUGGAGCACCUGCGGCAGGCCCUGGAGGGCGGGCUGGACACCAAGGAAGCCAAAGAGAAGUUCCUGCACGAAGUGGUCAAGAUGCGUGUGAAGCAGGAGGAGAAGCUGAACGCCGCGCUGCAGGCCAAACGCAGCCUCCACCAGGAGCUGGAGUUUCUGCGUGUGGCCAAGAAGGAGAAGCUGCGGGAGGCCACGGAGGCCAAGCGCAGCCUGCGGAAGGAGAUCGAGCGCCUCCGUGCCGAAAACGAGAAGAAGAUGAAGGAGGCCAACGAGUCUCGGGCGCGCCUGAAGCGGGAGCUGGAGCAGGCGCGGCAGGUCCGGGUGUGCGACAAAGGCUGCGAGGCCGGCCGGCUGCGCGCCAAGUACUCGGCCCAGAUCGAGGACCUGCAGGUGAAGCUGCAGCACGCGGAGGCCGACCGUGAGCAGCUGCGGGCUGACCUGCUGCGGGAACGCGAGGCACGCGAGCACCUGGAGAAGGUGGUGAAGGAGCUGCAGGAGCAGCUGUGGCCGCGGCCGCGCCCUGAGAGCGGAGGGAGCGGGGAGGGCGCCCCGGAGUUGGAGCCCUAGCCUGAGCCGCCGCCGCCAGGGCAGCACCACGCCGGGCGCAGAGGGCAGCGGGCAGGCAGGGUGCGGGGCUCUGCGGGCCCGGCCUGCGCCUCUGCGGCCUCACAGCACAACGUCUCUCCUGUGCCUACUACCAAGCGAGUGUUCGUGACCACACACUUUUGGAAUCCACUGCAGAAUUUUCUACUGGCCAAGUUCAAGUGAGCAAGCCGCACCUCGGGCUGCGGCAGAGUCCAGGCCAGCCUGGCGGCCUGCAUCGGGCCUCUGCUUGCUGGAACGUCCUAACAUUUACACUUUUGUUAUAAGCUAUUUAAAACCAACACGGAGACUUGCUGUUCAGAAAACCGACACAUUUUUUAUGAUGAACUCAAAGACCCCGAGGUGCACCGCCCUCUGGAGACCGCGGGGUGGGGCGGCGCCGCCCCCAAGCCAUCACGCUCAUCUGUGCCCGCGGCUGCAAGAGGACAGCAGGGGUUUUUUUCAGAGUCUAUUUUUUCAGCGACAAGGACCUGGGUCUUCCUGCUGCUGCCAGGAAGAGCAGGAAGCAUGCCGCGUGCGAGAUGAGCCCAACACUGCCCGCCUUACCGCCGCCCGUCCGCGCUGCCGCCCCGUGGGCCCGGCCCGGCGCCUCCACCGUGAGCGGGGUGCUGCCCUGCAGGGGCGCGGGGCCGCCAGGCGCAGCCUCGGCCAGCCCCGAACACACCGCCCGCUCCAUCUGCAGACCGCUUCCCCUCGUUCCUGACCGAGGCUGCAGCAUUGGAACAAAACACAGCAUUACUAUUACUUGUUUGUUUGUUCAUUUAAGCAUAUAUUUAGAACUGCACUUUGUCAAAAAUCUCCCCUUCUCUUUUUAAAACUCCCCCUUAACUGAGGUUUUUACAGAUUUCUAGAGCAGUUCAAACCCUAUGUGCUCGAGUGCUUAGAAUCCCCUCUGGUGCUUGGUUGAACAAGGGAAUCACAAGGAAAUGCAACGCAGAAACCGAACUUGGGGCUCGUCUGUGCCUUCCAGCAUCUUGUACAGCAAACCCUGACUCACAUCUUUUUACCCCCGAUACCGUCUUCAGUAGCGAUUGAAUCUGCCACUGUCAAAAGAAGUUACUUGCAUUUAUUCCAAAUAAUCUCGUUUACUCACCUGUUUAUGCAAAUUAUAUACGGUUUCUUAUGCCCAAGCUUGAAAAAUUAUUUCCCAGUAGACAAGAGGCGGCCGCCCGUCCUGAAAUCGUGGUGUUACUUCACGUAAGCACGCACAGGAGCUCUUUGCCCAAGUCCGCUCCGAUCCCGUGGCAGCCAUGUGCCGAGGGAGGUGGAGAUGGCUUGUGCAGGUACAAGUGACCUCGAAAUUGUCAGCCGCCGGCAGCACCUAGCAGAGCCCAGAGACUGCUGAACCCUGACUUUUGUUGCGGUGACAGAACCGUCUGCAGGGUUUUGCCCUUGGUUUACUGAGGGGGGCUCGGUUGCUGCCGGGACCCCCCCUUCCUGAAGUGCAAUGCAAAAGGGACAUCGUGUAUAUGCAGCAUUUAUUUGGAGUUUUCUUUCUCUUUCUUUUGCAGUUAUGAAAGCUGUAUGCAUGGGAUUUCACACCUCUGCCACCGCAGACCCACCCAUGGGCAUUAUUACCGUGUCUUGUAAAGGGUCAGUUUUGUUACGCAACACGCAGAGUGCUCUUUUCAGCCUUGUUUUUCCAGUCAUUGUGUGUUUUCAGUCAUUUCUUCAAGGGAAACUAAACGAUUUAGUUUGAGCAAAGCUUUAAGUGUGUUGGCGUGCUUCUGUGUGAUGUCCUUGUCGCCAGGCCUGCAGGUGGUGAGCCGGGCCCCGGUGGAAGUUUAGCUCCAGGGGGACGUGCUUUGCUCAGCUGUUGGGCGGGGCUGCCCCUUGCCCUGCCCCGGCCACUGUGGCACCUGGGUGACCUCACCUGGUGCUGUGCCUGACCGUGGGAAGCAUUGUGGCUGUCCUGUGAGUUUGUCACCCCUGGGCUGCACCUAUGGGGUGGUGGCACCGGGGCAGGCGCCCCCUUCCAGCAGCCGGGCAGCUCUGCGGCUCCCACCUCGUCCGCUGGUCCCAGCCCCAGGGGAGGUUGGCAGGGCGCUGGGCCGUCCCGGCCACCCCGUUGUAGGUCACUGUGGACCACGGGCAUCCCCAGAGCCACCCGAGCCUGGCUCUGCCAGUGAGGCAGGCUCGGGGUUCCAUUUCUUUGCAAGUGGAGGGAGAAGGGGCUGCCUCCCCUGUGUGUGAACUCCAUUAUCGCAGUGGUUGUGCAUUCAGCCUAAGGACUCGUUAUUUCUAUACUGAAAGAAGAUUGUAAUGAAGGGAAAAACACAGCAAUAACAUUCAUAUCUGUGGAGCAGCUAACUCGUACCCGACUCCCGCUUUCCGUACAGAACUAGCCAGUGUAAAAACAACGUCAAUGUAAAUACUUUUUUUCAUUUUACACCAUUGUAUUAUACGUGUAUAUGGUGGCUCCUUGUUCAGAAACUUUUCUUACUUGGUAGUUGUCUUGUUUUCUGGGUGGUUUUUAACUGAGGAAGAAAAAAUGCUCGUCUGCCAGUGGGACGGAGUGGCCAGGCCAGGGUCGGGGUCGUGUGGCAUCCCCUCCCGGCCUCACCCUCUGCGCCCGCCCGACCGCCCGCCACACCCUGGGCCUAGCGAGGGGCAGCUCUUCUUGCUCUAAGUCAGGAGUCUCAAGUGACAUUUUUUCAAUUAAGGGAAAAACGCCAUGUCCAACCUUGACGCGCUCCAGGGCCCCUGCCCGUCCCGUCUCCUCUGCUGCUGCUAAUGACAAUACGAUGGCUUACUCUGCUACUCGAGAGCUAUUUUUAUGUAAUUAAUGUAUGCUUUCUUGUUUAUAAAUGCCUGAUUUUAAAAAGGAA